CAAGCUCAACCGUUUCCCGCCAUUCCCGGAUCUUGCUUCACUUUUCUUAGCAUCUCUUCAUCAUGGCGCCAUCAGAGGAUUAUCAAAACAUCUUUCACUGGGCUGAGACCCAGAAGGAUGGAAGUAUUCCCUCCUUUGCGCUUCGAAAGAAUGAUCCGUAUACGUACCUCUCUGGUUUCAAUAACCAUCAUGAAUCAGAGGCUAUUCCUGGAACUAUUCCGCAGGGACAGAAUAGUCCGAGAUGUGUUAGGUUCGGUCUGUAUGCUGAACAGAUGACGACGUCGUUUGGUGCUUCUCGGCAGGCUAAUAAGAAUUCGUGGCUGUACCGAGCGAGACCUGCUGUUGCUCACCAGGGAUUUACGGAUAUGCCCAAGGUUGAAGGGACAGAGAGCUGCUUUCUGCCUCUUAACCCUGCAGUCAGAAUCUCACCAACACAGCUAGCCUGGCUCCCCUUCGACAUUUCCGAAGGCACCGACUUCAUCUCUGGCCUCCGCACCAUCGCCGGCUCAGGCGACCCUACCCUCCGCGAAGGCCUCGCAACACACAUCUUCUCCGCCACAAAGAGCAUGGAGAAGCGCGCGUUUGUGAACUCAGACGGAGACUUUCUCAUCAUCGCGCAACAAGGCAAUCUCGACAUCCAAACUGAAUUCGGCAGUCUUUACGUCCAACCUGGCGAGAUCUGCGUUAUUCAGCGCGGUCAACGCUUCAAGGUCGCUGUUGAGGGUCCGACUAGGGGUUAUAUCCUUGAGGUCUGGGGCUCGCACUUUGAACUUCCUGAGCUUGGACCGCUGGGAUCAAAUGGUCUUGCUAACGCGAGAGACUUUUUGUACCCCAAGGCGAACUACACGGUUACGCGUGAUGAUCCGUGGGAGAUCGUGUAUAAACUUGGCGGGCGCUUCUUUAAGAGCACGCAGAACCACUGCCCCUUUGACGUUGUCGCUUGGCAUGGUAACUAUGCGCCUUACAAGUAUGAUCUUACCAAGUUUAUCAAUGUCGGAUCUAUCUCUGUUGAUCACAUUGACCCGUCGAUCUUUUGCGUUUUGACGGCGGCUUCACGAGAUGCGAAUGCUCCGUUGGCGGACUUUCUCAUCUUUUCUCCCCGCUGGGAUGUCGCGUCGCAUACGUACCGACCACCUUAUUAUCAUCGCAAUGCAGCUUCUGAGCUGAUGGGGCUUAUCUAUGGAGAGUAUGCGGGACGAUCUGAUGAGUUUCAGCCAGGUGGUGUUUCGUUUGAGUGCGGCUGGGUUCCUCACGGUGUAGCCUACGAAGAAUUCAAGGCAGCGUCAGCUCAACCCCCGCCGCAGAUGCAAAUCUCCAAAGGCGCAGUGGCAUUCAUGUUUGAGAGCUGCAGACAACUGACCAUCACCGACUGGGCGUGGAACAGCGAUAAGAAGCACGAGCACGAGCCCAAGAUGUGGGAUAACUUGGUUGAUAACUUUUCCGAGCACCUUGAUGAGAUUAAUGAGAUCUUGGGGAAGAAGACCCUGUAAAGUCGUGGGGGAGCAAAUGGUACGGUAGAAAGUCAAUUGCAAAUGGAAUGUUUUGAUUGGGUUCGGCAAUUUUUUAAGGCAUGAAAUUGAUCCACUGUUUUUUGGGGGUAUUUUUAGCGGCUAAAAUGCUCAAGGCUUCCUCGGCUUCCGAGGUUGACAAUAUUAUCAGAUUGUUAGUGUAGGUUUAUAGUGA